UUUGGAGUAUACACUAAUGUGCGUUUCAAGUGUCCUAGGUUAGGGUUUCAGAAAAGCGUCUUAACUCGAAGCGGGGGCGACGGGAAUGGCAGUGUCGGAGGACCGAUCCGAGGGCGGCAAUGGAGCCGGAGUUCUCCUUUACUACAAGUAUGCCCCCGUCCCAGAUAUCGACUUCCUCGUCCGCUUCUACGACUCGAACUGCCGAUCUCUUGCCCUCCUUGGCCGCGUUCGCAUCGCUCCCUCCGGUGUCAACGUCACUGUUGGUGGAAAUAUGCCGUCUUUGGAGAAGCACAUUGCUGCUUUGAAAUCCAUGAGCUUAUUUGACGACACGGACUUCAAGCUUGCGUCCUGCGAACAUCCUUCGGACUCUAGAAUUACGAGAGAAUGUGGGUUUACGGAACUCUCAAUUCGUGUGGUUAAGGAGUUGGUAACAUUCAGGUCCGAUCCUCUAGCAGAGGUUCCCAAAGUUUGCGAUGCUGGGAGGCACCUCUCUGCGGCAGAGUUUCAUUCUGUUCUCCAUGAUGCAGUAAUUCCAGGAACUAAUAUGGAUUCCACGGCUGAUAAACAACUUGUUCUGUUGGAUGCAAGGAACUUAUAUGAAACACGGAUUGGGAAGUUUAAGGCCACAAAUGUGGAGACUCUUGAUCCAGAAUUAAGACAAUACAGUGAUCUGGCUUCUUGGAUUGAUCAGCACUCUGAAAAGCUGCAUGGCAAAAACAUUCUCAUGUACUGCACUGGCGGUAUUAGAUGUGAAACUGCUUCAGCUUAUAUUAGAUCAAAAGGUGCAGGUUUUGAGAAUGUUUUUCAGUUGUUUGGCGGAAUUCAGAGAUACUUGGAACAAUUUCCAACUGGCGGUUACUUUAGAGGGAAGAAUUUUGUUUUUGAUCACCGUAUUUCAGUUGGAAGUAAGGAAACAGAUGUUAUUGGCAGUUGCCUGCUUUGUGGUAUUUCCUUUGAUGAUUAUUCCUCUCGUUGCCGGUGCCAUUACUGUAGAAUGCUCGUUUUAGUCUGCUAUGACUGUCAGGUCAUUUCCAGCAGAGUUUAUGUUUGUGAGUUAUGCCGAAAAAAUGGCAAGGGAAGCAAUCCAAUGAUGUUACAGGAGGAUGAGCAUGAAGAUAUUUCACCUGAUUCCUCGGAGGAAAUGGGUAUUUCGAAUUCCAGCUUUCCUGAUAUCACGCCAGCCCAGAUCCCUAGGACUCAUGGUAACAGUGGGGACCGAAAGCUAAGGAUUCUAUGCUUACAUGGGUUCAGACAAAAUGCUUCAAAUUUUAAAGGAAGAACUUCAUCACUUGCUAAGAAAUUGAAGAACAUGGUGGAAUUUGUAUUUGUCGAUGCUCCUCAUGAACUACCAUUCAUAUACAAGCCACGUUCAAGUGACAGCAGUUAUGUGCAACAGUCUCCACCACCGGAAAUGAACAGGCGAUAUGCAUGGCUUACAAGUGAACAUUUGAACCUCUCGGAUGAACAAUGUUGGAGGAUGAUAGAUGCUCCUUUCGAUCCCUUGCAAUAUCAACAACAAACAUUUGGCUUCGAAGUAUCCUACCAACACCUCAAGAAUAUAAUCUCUCAUAUGGGACCAUUUGACGGCGUCCUCGGUUUCUCUCAGGGGGCAGCGAUGGCUGCCUUGUUUUGCCAGCAGCAACAGCGAAGCAGCCAUGUUAUGGACUUCCAAUUUGCGAUCCUAUGCUCAGGUUUUCUGCCAAUUCCAUGGGGGUCCAAGGAGUCAAUAAGGUGUCCUUCACUUCAUUGUUUUGGCAGUAGCCAAGGACAAGAUAGGCAGAUUGCAAAUCAAGCAAGCAGGGAACUAGCUGGUAUGUUCGAGGAAGAGUGCUCCAUGAUCAUCGAACAUGAGAUGGGUCAUAUAAUCCCCACUAGGCCGCCUUAUAUUGAUCAAAUGAAGAAUUUCCUAAGACGCUUCCUUUGAAUCCCUUGGAAACGAAUCCGGUCAUUUUCAUCCUGUAUGCUUGUAGCUGAAGCGUAUUGCUUUCUGAAGAUUUAAUUUUCCUUUGUUGGAAAAUGUCUUGUAUGGGAGUUUGCUAGUGGUUCCUGGACUAAAAUGGUUCUCUGAAAUGGUGCUUAAAUUAAUGAAAAAUUUGUAUCUGUUUACGGAAAAUAAAUUCUUGAAUUAGCAAACUUGCCAGUUGUUUUGGUCUUUCUACAA